UGUUACUAUGGAGACGGGCCAAGCACUACUUAGGAAAGCUGAUCUCAUGUUUGAUACACUGUAGCUAACGUUAGUUUAGUUUUAAACUCUGUAAUUUGCUUGGUUAAUUGAUAAGAAACACUUUUCUCUCUCUGGAGGCAGAAACAUGUCACAAAGGACAUACAACCAGCUGUGGGCAGAUGCCCAGUUAGAGUUGAGCCGUCUGCUAACUGAGGAACUGCCUGCUGAGCCCCCUCGCCCAGAAAAGGACAGGGUAGUGUUCUUCCAGCGUCUGGCCAUGCUUUAUGUGCGCUACAUCCAAAUCUUCAGACAGCUGGAGAAGGCGUAUGAUCAGGUGGUCCACCCUCAGAAGAGACGAGUUAUUCGGACGAUUCUUGAUGGUGUGAUGGGGAGGGUCUUAGAACUGAAGAAUGAAAUGGUGGAAAAAGAGUUUUCAGAGUAUCACUACAUGGAUGAUGUCCUUCACGACUUGAAGCUCACACCUGCAGACCUUGAGAUCCCUAUCCCUCGCUAUUUCAUCAGUGAUCGCAGCAAAGAACUCCAAGAACGAAAGAGAAUGCUGACAGAUAUCCUUAAAAUGGUGGAGGUUACUAAAAGCCCAGAACCUCUAAUGGCCAAGGACAUGAGUCAAGAGGAGGCCAUUAAGAUCAUUCAAGUGGCGGAGAGGGCCCGCCAAGGACGCCUUAGGGCAAAGUUGAAUGAAGAGAGCAGAAAUAUGAAUAGGAUGUACAGGACCAAGGACCCUGGAACAGCUGGCAUUGAGUUGGCUGCGAUCUGCAUUCAGAAGGUCUGGAGGGGCUACAUACAGAGGAAGAGGGCAAAGAUUGCUCGGGAUGAAGAAAUGAUUUUUCUGGGAAUGGCCAUGGAUCCAAAAUACCAGGUGCCAUGCCCUGCAGAAAUCAAUGUCCAGGCCAGUGAAGCUUGCACACGGAUUAAACAGGAGGAGCACAACGAAGACUAUCUGAAGUCUGUAGUGGCUGUCACAAACCAACUACGAGAUGUGGAAGGUCAUGACAUAAGCAAGACCAUGAAAGACCAAAUCCGACAGUGGUUCAUUGAAUGCCGUGAUGCUACAGGAUCGUUUCCAGACUACCCAGAUGAAGAGGAUGGAGGCUCAGCCCUCAUUUUUGCUGAAAAGGACCCUCAGCAGUUAAUGGAAGAAAUUGCUGCAAAGGAAGAGGAUGAAUCCAACAACAAACCAAAAGGGAAGGAGGAGAAGAAAGAAAAGGGGAAGGGAAAGGGGAAGGAUGAUGAGGAAGAAGAGGAGGCAGGGUUGAAGAUGCUACCUUCAGCUUUUCUGUCAGACUUGGAAGUGGGAAACAAAACCUUUGUAGAUUUUUGGAAAACUCGCAAUGAGUCCAGAAACUUCAACCAGAGGCACGAGGUGGAGCUGAUCAAGGAAGAAAAGAGGAAAGUCAUUGAGGCAGAGAUUCGAGUACAGGUAGAUGAACAGAUGAGACAAGAGCUGGCUGAAUGGAAGCUAGCUGUGGAUAAAGACAAGGGUGGUAAAACCACAGGAAAUGCCAAGAAGAAGAAAGGAUCUAAGAGUGGGAAGAAGAAAAAAAAGGAGAAAGACUUGACAUCUGAUAGGACUCUUGAGUCUCUGUGUCAGGAGCUGGUGGAACAGGGAUUGUUGAAACAGGCAAAUAAUGUUAGGCUGCAGGAUUACUUGGGUGACUAUAGCUACCUUGGGACCACACUGAGGCAAAAUGACAUUGAGCCCAUGCCAUCAUUGACAGAUGUGAGGCAGGUCUUAUCUCUGUAUGCAGUUUUACCAUUAGGCUCUCAGGUGGUACAUGAGAAGGCUCCUCUGAUAAAGGCCAUCCUUAUGGCAGGGCCGACAGGUGUAGGUAAGAAGAUGUUGGUCCAUGCAAUCUGCCAGGAGACGGGUGCCAACCUGUUUGAUCUGUCUCCUCUGAACACAGCAGGAAAGUACCCAGGCAAGAGUGGCCUCGCCAUGAUGCUUCACAUGGUGUUUAAGGUUGCAAGAUUGCUGCAACCUUCGGUAAUAUGGAUUGAAGAUGCCGAAAAAAUGUUCUACAAGAAAGUUCCCAAGGAAGAAAAAGAGUUAGAUCCCAAACGUUUGAAGAAAGACUUGCCCAAGUCUCUCAAGUUAAUCAAAGGGGAGGAUCGUGUUCUGAUAGUAGGAACAACUAAAGACCCACUAAGUGCUGAUAUCAAGUCACUGUGUAAAAUGUACAGCAAAAUCAUCCUCAUCCCAAGACCUGACUAUGGCUCAAGAUACAUCUUGUGGAAGCAACUGAUCGAAAAGCAGGGAGGUAAGGUCACCAAGGCGCUGGACCUCAGCUCUCUUGCGAAGAUUUCUGAUGGCUACACGCCAGGUCACAUGGUCCAGGUGAUCCGGAGCAUUGUCACCAAGCGUCGCAUCCUACAGCAGGCAAACAGACCACUGUCUGCUGCUGAGUUUGUUGCUCCAUUAGCCAAGAUUGAUCCUGUGUUUCAGGAAGAAGAAGAGGCCCUUAAAAACUGGUAUGCGAAGACCCCCCUGGGAAAGAAGAGGAUUAAAGCUGCCACAGGAAAGGAAGAAGAAGACACACCAGUUAAAGGCAAAGAUGCAAAGAAGAAAGGGAAAAAAUAAUAAGUUUGCCAUCAUGUUUUUAUCACAACUGAAUGUAGUUAAAUAUUCGUUCAAGCUUGUAUGUGAAUUGCCUUCUGUUGACUGUCCCAUUUACUCCGUACAAAAUAAGUAAAUUCAAUUAAAAGCAGUCAUUUUGUU